AUGAACGUUUAUUGUAAUCGUACCCCGCCAGGUGGCAAUUUUCCCUCGGGAAAUUCCGCAAAGUCGCAAAUAAAGGUCAACAAGGGUCAAACUUUGGAGAAAGAAACGGAACGAUUUGUAAGAGGCCAAUUCGUCAGAUUCGUCUCAGCUUCUCACUCGUCUUGUGGCGGACUUCGAAGUAAAUACUUGAAAAGACCUGGAUUUAUCCGAGUUGAUUGUUCUAUAAAUGGAGACAAUGGCGAUGGUUUCCGUUGUUCCUGCAGUGACUCGCUCUCUCAGCCAGCUGCUCAAGUGACUUCGAGCUCGGUCAGGAAGAGGGUAGUGUCUGGAGUCCAGCCAACGGGAGCUAUCCACCUUGGGAAUUAUGUUGGUGCCAUAAAGAAUUGGAUUGCACUUCAGAACUCGUAUGACACUCUCUUUUUCAUUGUGGACCUCCAUGCGAUUACACUGCCAUAUGAUACACAACAAUUUUCUAAGGCAACAAGGAAUACAGCAGCUAUUUAUUUGGCAUGUGGCGUGGACACCUCAAAGGCUUCUGUCUUUGUGCAGUCACAUGUUCGUGCCCAUGUAGAAUUGAUGUGGCUACUGAGUUCUGCCACACCAAUUGGUUGGCUAAACAGAAUGAUUCAGUUUAAAGAGAAAUCUCACAAGGCGGGAGAUGAAAAUGUUGGGGUUGCUCUAUUGACCUAUCCUGUUCUUAUGGCUUCUGAUAUUCUUUUGUAUCAGUCUGAUUUUGUCCCAGUUGGUGAAGAUCAGAAGCAGCAUUUGGAGUUAACACGUGAGUUGGCUGAGCGUGUUAACUAUUUAUAUGGUGGAAGGAAGUGGAAAAAGCUGGGAGAGCGUGGUGGUGCUAUUUUUAAGAUUCCUGAGCCCCUAAUACCACCAGCUGGAGCACGAGUUAUGUCCCUCAGUGAUGGUCUUUCGAAGAUGUCAAAGUCUGCAACUUCUGAUCAGUCUCGAAUCAAUCUUCUUGACCCCAAAGAUGAAGUUGCCCAGGAAUGCCAAGAUAUGAACUGGGGCACAUUUAAAACCCUCCUAACCGAUGCAUUGGUUGAUCCUAUCCAGGUUCGGCAUGAGGAAAUUAUUUCUGAUCCAGCUUAUUUGGAUGGAGUCUUGGCAGAAGGGGCUAUGAAAGCUGCAGCUAUAGCUGAUGCUACUCUCAAUAAUGUCUACCAGGCAAUGGGAUUCUUGCGUAGAUGAGUUAAAUGAUUUGUAUAUAAACCUUAACGUGACUUUUAGAUGAUACAUCAUCGCCCACAGUUUUUUGGAGUAUAUACCCAUUAAAAUGUUCUGAAUGAGUGAAAAGGUUAUUCAUUUGAAGGCCCACAAAUUGUUUGAUGAGUUUGCUCUACCUCUCCUUUACAGACAGGUGCCAUUUAUAUCCCAUAAUGUUUGUUAAAGUUGGUGUCUUAUUGCUUUUUUCCUAAGACAGUUUUAGUUGUGUAAAAUACUCUAAUAGCCUAAUAAAAACUUGUUUCUCUUUCAUA